AUGUCUGACCUUGAGAACCCUGCACACGAGCCCGAGAACGAGUGGGGGGAUAACGAUGGAUCGGAAGGCGAAGGGUCCGAGCAGUCUGAGGGCGGCGUUAUCACAGACGCAGAGGACGAGGAGAACCCUUGGGCGGAUGACAAUGCCGCUGUACACAAUCCAGAUGCUAUCCGGGAGGCGGAUCUGGACCCUUCCUACCGCGAGCGUAGCGAGUCUGCGUUUGCCGAAGGGUCCUUGCAGAUGACCAUGUCAUCAUAUGGCAUAGCGCGUACCCCCUACUCCGGUCAUCGCAGCUGGAGAGGGCGGGAGAGCAGCUGGUAUACGUAUUCUGGCUGGGAAUCCAGAGUCAUACGCGCACACAAGGAAGCCCAACAGCAAGGAGCCGCGAUCCCGCCAGUCUACUCGGCGACCGUCUCAGCACCAGCUUUGCCUUCGCCGCAAGAUCUCGCGAGCCAGCCCAUCCGGCGCGUCAACAUAGAUCUCCUGAGGGAGAUCUUCUCUUGGUUAUUGCCAGCCGACGAUGCCGCACCUAGGAAGGGCUUCUACGACGAAGACGGCGAAGGGUAUAAGUGCCUCACGGAUGUGAUCCAUCUCACCAAAGGUGAUCGCUGGUUCUACCACGUCGCGAUGGACUAUUGCGCGCUCUGGGGCGCCUUGUUGACGGCGGGCCUCACGGAUGAGAUCUUUGCAAUUCUACUUCAUCGCGCGGGCACUUCAAUGAGAUUGAGACUUUCGUUCUGCCCCGACGUCGAUGUAUCAACCUUACGGGAUCUAGUCUCUCGCGCGGACUGCAUAUACGCCACCGAUCGGAUCCCCUGGACCUCUCUAAAUGAGUACUUCACACAAACGACCCUCCCGAACCUCAAAGUGUUGUAUUUGCGGCCUGACGAGCGUUCCAUGCCUCGCACGCCGUUGCCAUCUUAUACUGGGCUUCCCCUUGACGCGAGUUCUCUCUCGGUCUGCGUCACGUCCAGGCCCAUCCUAUUCCAUGACCCGCGCAGCCUGCAAGACCUGGAGCUGCAUUACUUGACAUGCGAGCAGCUAGAGGCCGUACUUACUGAGCAGCUGCUACUACGCAAGCUCGUGAUCAACAGGCCUCGCGAGCGCGGCCCAGUUUCAUUCGUGGAUCUCCUGCAGAGUAUGAAUCUCUCGCAGCUGGUUUACCUCCGCAUCCGCGCUCUGGACAACCAGGCGUCUCGCAUCAACAUGUCCGACAUCUUGCGAACCCUCUGUCUGGAAACGCUCGACAGUACCACCCCUAUGGCCGUUCAGUCGACGUCUGCACAGCUGGCGAAGACGUUUAACGUUCUCGUGCACGAGAUGCAGUACAUGCUCGAAGUGAUGCGCCCUGUUCGCUUCCUGCACGUACGUUGGGCGCAGUACUCGGCCGAGAUCGGCCCGUAUGCCAAACCGGUGCGGAUGCAAGAGCUCUCGGAGCUGUACAUCUAUGGCGACUUGUCCCCAGCCACCGUCACCUUUCUGUGUAGUGUCCGCAUGCCAAAGGUGGCCAAUAUACUGCUGUUCGGCAUGAUGCGCCUGCCCCCAGAUUAUGCCGUCCUCGAGCCCGCGAGGCAAGAGCUGCAAGCCCAUCUGGCAGUUGAAGACGCGACGGUUGAUGCCCUUAGAGACUGCUACACGAACGUGGAAACUAUGCUGCUCAACGGGCGCCAAGACGCGCUCGCCGAACGCCUGAAUCAAGUCAUGUUCCCCCAGCUGAUGCCGCCCGAGGGUCUAGCGCCUGUCGCGUUGGAUAUCGCGACCGUACGGUCAAUCGGUCUCGAACUCAUUGAGGGCCUGCGGGACGCUGAAGCCGCUGGUCCUGACUCUCACGAUGGUAUCUUACUGGGGGAGAUCGUUCAGGCGGUGUUGGCUGCUGCUGCGGGUGAAGGCGAGGACUCGCCGGCAAUCCCAGAAUGCGACAGCAUGUCUUUCCGAGUCGGCGACAAAGAGGGGGACAUCAUAUUCCAAGCGCGACUCAGAGACGAGACGUGUGUGUUGACGGUGUGUGUCCCGUCGCAGGCAGGCGGGGAAGAGGGUUGGGGGGCGAUCAACCCAGACAGAUCUUCUAAGACCUACCGCGUCGCGCAGGUGCUGUCUGCUCUACGGCCGCUGCGUCCUCCCGUGAUGAUUCGCGCUGGGGAAUGUCUUCACGAGUGGGGUCGAUCUGUGCGCACCCAGGCCGACGAAACCAUGCUCCUGGACAUCUUGCACGAGUACAACUUCGUGAAGGAGGUUUGUCUGGACUUCACGACCUCCUGGACGAGUACCACAACGAGCGGGCCUGACACUUUCCUCGAGCUCCUACGUCACGUCGAGGCCUUGCCUGUACUCGAAGAGGUGUACGUUGCGCUGGAGCCUGCCGCAGGAGGGUGGGGCUUGUGGGCUGUGCCGCCCACGAGGAUAGUGUCGGGGCUUGUGUGGCAGUCUAUUGUCGACAUGCUGCGCGAGAGAAGCGAGGGCGGACGACCCGUGAAGGUCCUGUCUGUCGGCGGGAAGGUCUGUGUGGAGCCGAGGGAUGUUGCUGCUGCCGGAGAGUGGGUUAGUGCGGUGGAUGUUUCACGCGCGAUAUGCCAGAAUCCGAAAGGUAGAGCGCACUGUGGCUUGUGUUCGAAGGUGAAUUGA